AUGGAUCCUAGUCUGAUUAACACAAAUACUUCUUCUGAGUCAGUUACCACCUUUUCUGUGGCAAUGGACAUGAGUGUCUCGAUAGGAAGGGAAAUAACCCCAGAGCUCAUUGCCGGUUUGGAGCAACAAACUGCCGAGCUAAGGCUCAUGGUUCAGAACACACCCUUGCCACACUGUGCUCCACCAGUGUACACCUAUGCUACCACCCCACCGGUAACACAAACUCAAGGGUUAUACCACAUAGAUGCUAAUCAUUAUGUUAAAAUGGAGAAUGAUCUAAGAAUGUACACUGAUGAUACAGUGAAUAGAAAGCUCAAGGACUUAGAAGAUGCAAUAAGGAGUCUUCGGGGGCUUGGGAAUAACCAAAGUGUGAGGUAUGAAGAUUUGUGUGCAUUUCCCGAGAUUGAGUUGCCUCCUGGUUAUAAGAUCCCAAAGUUUGAAAAAUUUGAUGGGUUCGAAAAUUCUUUCUUUCACUUGAAAACUUAUUGUGAAAAGUUAAUUGGUGUGGGCAAGAAUGAAGGAAUACGGGAUGACCUGGCAAAUGCUUUUGUGGAUCACUACAAGUUUCAUGUCGACAUUAUUCCUGAUAGAAUCUCUAUCACAAAGCUAAGACAGAGGUCAAAUGAGAAUUUUUAUGAAUAUUCCAUACACUGGAGAGAAAAAGCGACUAGGGUACAUCCCCCAAUGGAAGAAACUGAGAUGAUCAGUUACUUCAUCCAUGCACUAAAUCUCGAAUAUUUUGACCGCAUGAUAACAAUGGCUGGAAAAACAUUUAUUGAAAUUGUCAAGACUUGA